AUUAAAAUUUAAUGGUUAAAUAUCAACUUUCACAGCUUCUUCCUCCUCGCUCCAUGGCGAUAUCGGUAUUACCUGGCUUGUCUUCUUCCACUUACAGACCCUAUGUCCAUCUUCACAUACCACUCUUCCGUUUCGUCCCCAAGGCACCUUACCCCUGCUUCCCAUUACACUGCCACAGGCAGACGCUUAUGUGUCCAAAUCUCUGCCUCUCCCAACCCAUUUUCCAGAAUUCAAUGACGAUGAUUCUAAGCUGCGCAACUGGAAGAGGUUUUCUUCCAACCACCUUGGCAUCGCUACCUCCAUGAUUCCCAUACCUACCAGAAAAGUUCUUAACGGGCUCAAGAAAACAGGUUAUGAAGUGUACCUGGUAGGAGGUUGUGUCCGCGACCUAAUAUUGAACAGGGUACCAAAGGAUUUUGACAUAAUAACUUCAGCUCAGCUGAAGGAGGUUUCAAGAAUAUUUUUAUGGUGUGAAAUAGUCGGGAGGAGGUUUCCUAUAUGCCAUGUGCACAUCGAUGGUACCAUUGUUGAGGUGUCAAGUUUUAGCACUUCCAAUAGGCCAUUUGAUAGACAGUUGACCUCUGCUGCUAUUGAAAAGCCCAUGAACUGUGAAGAGAUAGAUUUUGUCCGUUGGAAGAAUUGCUUGCAACGUGACUUUACCAUUAAUGGGCUGAUGUAUGAUCCAUACAACAACGUUGUAUACGACUACUUGGGAGGAAUGGAGGAUAUAAGAAAAGCUAAAGUACGAACGGUGGUUCCUGCCUGCACUUCCUUUCAAGAGGAUUUUGCUCGAAUUUUUCGAGCAAUCAGAUUUGCGGCUCGUUUACAGUUCCACUUUUCCAAGGAUAUUGCUGGAUCUAUUAAAAAUUUGUCCUGCCUUGUGUUUACUCUCAAUAAGGCAAGGCUUCAAAUGGAAAUGAACUAUUUGUUGUCUUAUGGUUCUGCUGAGGCUUCUUUGAGGUUGUUAUGGAAAUAUGGACUUCUAGAAAUACUUCUUCCAAUUCAGGCAGCAUAUUUUAUCCGCAAUGGUUUCCGGAGGUCUGACAAGGGGUCGAAUAUGCUUUUGUCCCUCUUUUCAAGCUUGGACAAACUUUUGGCUCCCAAUAGGCCUUGUCACAGUAGUUUAUGGGUUGCAGUAUUAGCAUUGCAUGUUGCCCUGUCUGACCAGCCUAGGAGUCCUUUAGUGGUUGCAGCAUUUGGCCUUGCAGUCCACAAUGGUGGAAAUAUGAUGGAAGCAAUCAGCAUUGCUAAGAGCAUCAAUAGAGCACAUAAUGCAAACUUUUGCGAAUUGUUAGAACCUGAGAAUCUGGAGGUUCAAGCUUUGAUUGAUGAGGUUAUGGAUCUCACUACAUUUGUUAAGGCUGCACUUCAUAAAAUGACCGACGAGCAUUUUGUGUCUCUAGCCCUGGAAACGUAUCCCCAAGCACCAGCCUCGGAUCUUGUUUUUAUCCCCUUGGUGGUGUACUUGAAGGUAUGCAAAAUUUUUGAGUGCGUUGUAGAGGGUGCAGAGAGAGGAUUUGUUCCAAAGCGAGGAAAGAUUAAUUACGAGUGUCUGGCUCUUGGAAACCUGCUAGAACUUCGUCAUGUCUUUGCAAGGAUUGUGUUCGACACUGUCUAUCCUCUUUAGUCUCAGUCAUACCCAAGAAUAUAGUUUCAAGAUAAUUAAUUACUAAACGGCGAUAUUUGGGUCCUUUACUCCAUGUAACGGACAUCUUAAGCUUCAACUACUUUUUGUUUGCUAGCUAGAGGUCUGAUUCAUUGGAUCGUGUAUAGAAUCUUCUAGAAGUUCAAAAAGUUACCUGGAAAUAGUUCGCAUAUAAUCAAGAGAUUAUUUUUCAUCUAAAAGUUGUUGAUUCACUCGGGGGUUGAUCAUCUGAAAAAUGGUAUAUUAUUUUAUUCUCUUUUAAUCUUUAAGCCUGUAUCUAGGAAUACAAUACAGAAGAAAAAGGAGAUAUGCAAAAGUGGCAAACGAAUGCACAGCAUAUCCUACAGGAAGUGAUUCUUUGGCUUAAAAAAA